AUGCUGAUCCUGAUUCUGGCGGUCAUUGCUUGCACCACAACCAAUUGUGUUGUGCGGAACCAGGCCAUCGGAUAUCCGGUGUUAAAGUGGCUCACUUGGUUUGACCCGAAGACCAUAGCCCUAUAUAUGGCAACGAUUUCCGCGACUUUCGCGGAUAUGGGGUUUAGACAGGGCGGGGUGAUCCGGUUCUGGAUCAAUGCAUACCAAGGACUGAAGUUGACCGACCUUCACCACGUUUGGGCGAGCACCACCGGUCUCCUCGGAGCCUUCAAGGCUCUGUUCCGCUGGAAGGCCCUCUUGACAGCCCUGUACCUUCACAUCACUCCCGACGUCAUGUCCACCGGCACAUUGUUCGGGACCAGAUUCUCCCUCGCACACCCGGCUAUGACGGCCUACCGUGACAUGUUGGCGCGAGAGCCCAUCCGGUUCGCCCAGGAAAUUUGUGAUGACUGUAUUUUGGUUGUUCCCUGCUCCCUCGCCCCUUCAAUCGUCUCGUACGCGUUGAACAUCACCGGUGGUAUGACAGAGUAUAAAAGGGGAAAGACCCUAAAUGUUGCCGAGGACCACUAUGUCCCCCAGCCCUCAAACUUCGUCUACCCCCAAGAGGAUUUGUCAUCGAUACAACUCCCUCUACCUCCGACAAAAUCGCUCCUCUCAGGCUAUUUUCUUCAUGAUGAGCGACUCCAACUCUUCACCAAAAUCGGGCAGAGCCUCUACAAUACCACAUUCGGGGCCGUACGUGGAUCACACUGGUGGGCCCUCGGCGAUAGUACUACGGAUAUGGGUGCCAGCUAUUGGGAUUUUAUCGCAGCAGGCUACGCGAAUGCACUCCCCGACCUCCAAAAAGAGCCCUCAAACCCAUGCAAAAUGGGUUUUGAUUCACCAAUGGACGAUAUUAUCCAUAUGUACCACGAGUUGGCGCUGAGGGUCUCCGUCAUUACUGCCAUUGACAGCAACACAACGCAAAGCCUCCCAUAA